AUGUCCUCCUGCAACAUCCUCACCAACCCCUCCUUCGAAUCCGGCUCCCUCUCCCCCUGGUACACCAACACCCCCAACGCCGCGAGAGUCACCACCUCCACCCCCGCCUAUUCGGGCACCCACACCCUCGCCCUAUCAACCAACACAACCACAACCCCCAGCAUCUCCCAAACCCUAACCAACCUAACCCGCAGCACGACCUACGAUUUCUCCAUCCAAGUGCUCAUCCCCAGUACCUUGGGGAUCUCGUCCUGCUCGGUCUCGGCAUACACGGGCACAAAUACCUCCUCGGGGGCGAUUGUCUCGGAGGAUGUGGAUGCCUCUGGGGAGUGGGUGGCCGUGAGGGGGGAGUAUAGGGCUAGGUGGACGAGUGAUGUUUUGACUGUUGGGGUGGGGGGGUGUGAGGGUGGUAAUGGGGAAGGGGAGGUGUUUAUGGAUGAGGUGGUGUUUGGGAGGGGGUGUUAG